GACUAUGCAGUGUUUCGUUUGGAAAUUUCUCAAAGCCAGAAAGAAAACCGGGCAUUGCGGAGGAAACUACAGCUACUCGAACUGAAGGUGGCAAGGGAGCGCGUCCUCGCCAGUCGCCCCAGUAGUGUCAAGAUCCUCGACCGAUACAGAGGAAUGGCAAGAGGACAGCUCACUGAAGGCCACAGGAGCUUUGUGAAGCCAGUGGGACACAAUACAUGGAUAGAUGACCAACCAGAUACUGUUGAUGAGGGGAGUGGAACCUCAAUCCAGCACGUUAUCGUGAUAGAGUCUGCAGAUGCAGAGGAURCAGGUCAUGGGGUCAAGCAGCACAGGUCUGAAGGAGAGGGCCCAAGGCAAAGRGGAGACAUCCAGACUGGAGUGGCUGGUGCGCCCUAUGAAGCCAUGGAGGACCCCACCACCUCUGRGCCCCAGCCCAGGACCCGACUCAGCAUCACGGAGGUCAGUGGAAGGCCCGACGCCGUCCUCAAGUCAGAGACAGACACCAAGCCUUUAACUGUAACACAAAGGCUCUUACACAGAGGAUCUGACCACAUAUCAGACCCAGAYAGACUGGGGCAGGGGCCACUGAGCUGUCCUCCUGCUUCAGGCUCAGAGUAUUUACCGGUAUUUCACCAGAGCCAGAGGAUGGUUCAUUCCCGUGGGGAUGGCUAUGGUGACGCAUUAGACACUGGCGGUGAUGAUCCAUCUUGUUCUUACACUACAGAGAUGGGCCCUGGCAACAUGCCUUUGGGUUUAGAGACACAGACUGAUCUGUCUAGAGGGGACUGGAACCAGUACAGUAGUAGUCUACACUCUGAAGGCUGCCUAGAUAAGAAAGGGGAGGUUAUAGUCAUAGAUGAGGUGACUGUGAAAAUGGAGGGCGACGCUCCUCUGACAUGGAAUGCAGACAAGACUCACUUAGGAGAAGGACACUCUCAGGGAAACACCAGGGACUUUUUAGAGACAAAAAUAAAUGURGCGACCCACUCCCCUUUGCACGCGUUCAGGGAUCGCGACUCAGUGUCCACAUCGAUGGCACCAUCCAAUUCACAUGGCCGCAUCCUCUUUGAUCAGGUACUGAACUCAAACGACAGGGCUGGAGCCCAGGCUCAGGGAGGGGGAGCCACAUCAGGCAAUAGUAAAGAGAAACGGUUCUUCUGCAUGUUCUGUAACAAAGGCUUCAGCUGCCCCCAGAAGGUGGAGAUCCACCAGAGGGUCCACACAGGGGGGAAGCCCUUCAGCUGUACCCAGUGUCAAAUGCGCUUCGCCCAGGCUCGUGGCCUGAAGAGGCACCAGAGGGUACACACAGGGGUGAAACCCUACAGCUGCCCCCAGUGUGAGAAGAGGUUCUCCCGCCAGGACCAUCUGAAGAUGCACCUGAAGGUCCACACAGGAGAGAAGCCGUUUGCCUGUAUGCACUGCGGGAAGKGGUUCUCAGAGAGGAGAUACCUCAGGAUACACCAGCAGAAAAAUCAUUCCACUGGAUAGCUUAGAACAAACCCUGCAUUAAAGACGAAGAUUAAUUUUUAUUGUUGUCAGCACAAACGAUCCACAGAUGCAUUUGGAAUAACGAGAGUUAAGCCCAGUUCAGAUGCAACAGCCGACAUGAGACAAGAUAAAACUAGCUAGUUUUAAAAUGUUAUGUUGUACAACAGCUGACUAAAGAGGAGGCAUUCAGAUCAAGAAGACGAGARGUGCAGUUGAGACRGUUUCCACGGUAAUGGUGCCUCUACAAUGACAUGAUGCAACAAAGUUGCCACUUGUUGUAGCAAGUGAGCGUCAUGAAAUACAUGCACCAGAAACAGGGUACACCUUGGGCCCGACUUAGGAAUMUAUGCCUUUCCUARGCACMUCUCAGUAUUUGGUAUUCAGACUUACCUUAUUCAGUCACAUAAUGCUCUCUGCAGGUGUGGCUACCUUGCGUGCUCUGAAUAAAUUUCAUUCAACUGCUGAAAACCCUCCUCUUGCUGGCUAACAGAUUUUCUCGUGGAGUUUUCAUUCAAUGGGGUUUUCAGCACAUUCAUCUUACAUUACAUUUUUUGGGGCGUUUAGAAGACACUCUUAUCCAGAGCGACUUASAGUAAGUAGUUAGUGCAUA